CUCUCCGCCAUGGCGCCCGCCGUGCGCUUCUCGCCGGGCGCGCGCAGCCUCUUCGACGAGCCGCUGGGCAUCGCCGUGCAGGGCCUGCGCCCGCGGCAGCCUGUCACGCUGCGCGCCUCCGUGCAGGACGAGGCGGGCGAGCGCUUCGAGGCGAGCGCCCGCUACGAGGCGGAGGAGAGCGGCGAGCUGGACCUCGGCCGCAGCCCCGCGCUGCCGGGCGGCAGCUUCUGCGGCCUCGAGCCCAUGGGGCUGCUCUGGGCGCUGCAGCCGCAGAAGCCCUUCUGGUGCAUGGUGAAGCGGGACGUGCAGACGCCGCUGCGCCUGCUGCUCGAGGUGUUCGAGGGCCACGGGCCGCCGCCGGGCAGGCUGCUGGCCCAGGGCCACCACGAGUGGGUCUUCAUGCAGGACGGCUUGCAGCGAGUGCCGGUGCGUGAGGGGAGAAUUCGAGGGACGCUUUUCCUGCCUCCUGGAGAUGGCCCCUUUCCAGGAAUUAUUGAUCUGUAUGGAGUAGGAGGUGGGCUCCCUGAAUACAGGGCCUGCCUGCUGGCCAACCAUGGCUUUGCUGUGCUGGCUCUUGCUUACUACGGCUAUGAAGAUCUCCCCCAAAAUAUGCAAGAAUUCCAGCUGGAAUAUUUUGAAGAAGCCGUAGACUUUAUGUUGAAGCACAGACAGGUUAAAGGUCCAGGAAUUGGGUUGCUGGGGAUCUCCAAAGGAGGUGACCUGUGCAUCUCCAUAGCCUCCUUCCUCAAGGGCAUCACGGCCACGGCCCUCAUCAAUGGCUCGGUGGCAAACGUGGGCGGCAUGCUGCGCUACAAGGAUAUCACCAUCCCACCCCUUGGCUUCGACCUCAAACGCUUGAAGGUCAACAAGGACGGGAUCGCAGACAUCUUCAACCUCCUGAACAACCCGCUAGAGGGGCCGAGCAGCCAGAGCUUUAUCCCCCUGGAGAAGGCUGAGUGUACCUUCCUUUUCAUCGUUGGCCAGGAUGAUCGCAACUGGAAAAGCGAGUUCUUUGCGGUGGAGGGGAGCAAACGUCUGCAGGCUCACGGGAAGGAGAAGCCCCAGAUAAUCCUUUACCCCAGGACAGGGCACUACAUCGAGCCGCCCUUCUUCCCCAUGUGUGCCGCUUCCCUGCAUAAGCUGGUCGGCAAGCCAGUGGCAUGGGGAGGGGACCCCAAGGCGCACUUCGAGGCGCAGGCAGACGCGUGGCAGCACAUCCAAGCCUUUUUCCACAAGCACCUCUCCGGCACGCCGCCCGGGGCUUCCAAUAAACUGUGAUGUGCAUUAGCUUGUUUUGCAGGUGAAGGCGAUGAUGUUUCGCAUUCAUUUCGUUAGAUCACUGAGCGGGAACAAGGAGUAAGUGUAAAUAAGCUUGGCCAGGUGCCCGGGAGCAGUGAGGAUGUGGUGGCACGUCCUCAUGGUGGUGCUGGACGUGGUGUCUCUGCUGCCCCUCAUGAGGCGCCCAGCUUCAUUUCUGCCCCUGUCCCUCACCCACUCCCCCGGGACCUGCUGUUAUGGGAUUUAGUAAUGUUUUCCACCCAAAGAGAAAGCACUGGAUGUUGGUAUAGAGAUGAAUUUGCCCUGUUAAUUUCUUUUAAAAAAAUGUGCCUUACUAAUCAUAGCCAAGCAGGUGAGGCUGACAAACCUGGCUCACGCUUUCUGUGAAUUACACAGGGCAUGUUUAUGCACUGGAUUGCUUUUGAUAUAUUCUGCCUUCUUUAUUUCUUUCUGCCUUCCUAAUGGAUUAAAAUAAGA